AUGAACAUUGAAAUGGAAAAUGAACUAGCAAUAAAACAAUUUUUUGAUAUUGGAAUGCUUAAACGAAAUCAAAAGGAUACAAUUAAAAACAAUUCAGUUGUUAAUUCUCAAAGAUCUACCAAUAGUACUAAUGAAGAUUG